UUAGGCUAUAUAUUAACCCUAUCAAAAUCAUCCCCAUUACUUAUGGAAGAGUCUUGGCCAUUGCUAUUCAGACAAUUGAUAAAGGAGGAUACAGCGGGUACCAUUUUUCUAUAUGAAAAAGUUAACAGAUACUCACUCGUACGCACUUCAAGCGACAAAGCAGAAACGGUAGCUGAUCUCUUUCCUACAUGGCUAUCUAAGAUUGCUUUUGAUCCCCAUGGCCUUAUUAUGAAGCAUGCUGUAGAUGUGGCUGUCAUGUUGGACACUUUAGCUCACGACCCUCGAUUAGAUUUAACGCACCUGAUUCCCUUAUUUUUGUUGCAGUUGGUCAUUUUAAAGGAUGAAGUUGUAAAAGAUACGGCGAUCGAUAUGUUUGCUCAAUUGAUUACUCAAUUGGAUAGAUCAGAAAGCAAAUCGUUUAUGGGAGCAAGAUAUCUGAUUUUGGAGCUCUUAACCUCGACAGAGGCUAAAUGGCCAGGCAUUUUCCAAAUUGUUCUCGAUAACAUAUUUUCCAGGGCAAUUGCAAUGCACAUAGCUGAUAGCGAAGGGGCUGUGAAUGUCGAAAAGAUUCUGGGGAACUUGGCUUUAUUAUUUGAGCAUGAUUCUACCGCACCCAAUGAACCAACAGCAGGCUUUCAAGCUUUUCAUUCAUAUAUGACGACUCAUUGGCGCCAAGUGACUCUACUCUUCUUGAAUCAUCCGUCCAUGGAAUGUCGUGCCGUGGGAUAUCGUGUUUUGACAAAUUCCAAAUUUUGGCUGCCUAUUACCAAUAAGGAUGAUUUGCAAACUAUUGCAAAACUCUUUGUUGAUGCUUGGUUUAGAAAUUUGAAAGGUCGAUAUGUCCAAUGUGGACAGCCACAGGAAGAAAAGGAUAUCAACGCGAUACAACAGGAAAAAAUAAGUUUAUUGAAUAGAAUGCAAGCAACUGGAGCACAAGUUGAUGCAUAUAAACAACAAACUCGACAACCAAACUCAUUCAUCAUGACGAAGCCGCCUCAAUUUGUCACAAGCAUUAACUGUCUCAGCCAAGAAGAAGUAGAAAAUCAAGGUUUUUUGACUAUCAGAGAUAAGAUUUAUGUGGAUAAUAUUGAGAGGACAGCCAGUCUUUUCUAUUUCUCAAAAUAUUUGCCAACUACAACUUGUGAUGGCUUUAUGCAAGUAGUUGUUCACAUUUUGUCUUACUUAUGCCGAAAAUGGGAACCGAAUUCGAUACCUUUGGACACGUAUGACGACGUGUUACCUCACAAUAUACCUUACCAAUGCGAUAUAACAAUUGGAAGUGCUUUCAAAGAUCAUCCUGUUUUGUUUCUCAUUUUCGAAAAAUAUACAAAUGCAAUACGCGAAUCGGCAAACGAACAGCUUCUACAUCAGUUUCCUACCAAUGAAAUCGUACGCAGCAUAUUGAUCUAUCUCAUCGUUUUUUGGUAUAUGAGAGAAGUUGUUACCAUUCCCACAACACUUCGAUUUGCUACUCAACUUGAAGAAACAACACGGCUCUUAUUGCUAUUGGAACCUGUAAGUACUAUUUGA